CGAUGAUCUUCUUCUUCUACUUCAUCCUUCUCCAAUGCAUCUCCUUAGCAACCGCGCAACAGCCUUAUGUCGGCUUAUCAUCCUCCAACUGUUCUGUCAUAGACAACUCAACCUCUGUUCUCGGCUACUCAUGUAACGGCCUCAACAGAACCUGCCUCACUUACGUCAUUAUCCGGUCAACUCCAUCUUACUCCACCGUCUCCUCCAUCUCUUCCCUCUUCUCCGUCAACGCCUCACUCCUCUCCUCCCUCAACAACGCAGCAACAACCUUCCCUACAGAUCAACAAGUCAUCAUCCCUAUAACUUGUUCUUGCUCCGGCAAUUCCUAUUCCCAAUCCAAUCUCAAUUACACAAUCCGACAAGGAGAUUCAUACUUCGGCAUAGCCAACGACACUCUCCAGGGGCUUUCAACAUGUCAAGCUUUGGAGAGACAGAACAAUGCUUCGUCUCAAUCUUUGUUUCCUGGUAUGAGGAUCCUUGUUCCUAUCCGUUGCGCGUGUCCCACGGCUAAACAAGUUGAUGAAGAUGGGGUUAACUAUCUUGUCAGCUACACCGUGGUGUUUGGAGACACGGUGGAUAUCAUCAGCCAGAGAUUCGGCGUCGAGACGAGUAAGACUUUGGAAGCUAAUCAAAUGUCUUUUGACGAACCUGGAGUUUUCCCUUUCACCACAGUCCUGGUUCCAUUACAGAACCCUCCUUCAAAUCUUACGACUCCUCCUCCUCCUCCUCCACCUCCGUCUCCAUCGGUUUCUCCUCCGCCAGAUGGGAAGAAACCGAAGAGAACAUGGGUUUAUGUUCUUGUCGGAAUACUAGGAGGAGCUUUGGUUCUGAGUGUGUUAGGUGCAGCCAUGUUCUGUCUUGUCAAGAAAGAAUCAAGAAAGAAAGAAGAACAUAGCUUCACGGCCAAGAAAACAUCAAUCUCCUAUCAAGAAUCUGACUUAGAUCCGCUCGAUGGUUUAUCAGGUAUGGUUGUUGACACAUUAAAGGUUUACAAGUUCCACGAGCUGCAGUCCGCAACGAGCGACUUCACAUCUACCAGCUCGGUCGGAGAAUCAUCAGGGUACAUAGGUAAAAUCAACGGCGAUGGUGCAAUGAUCAAGAAGAUGGAAGGAAACGCUUCGGAGGAGAUCAACUUAUUGUCGAAACUAAACCAUUUCAACAUCAUCCGUCUCUCUGGUUUCUGUUUCCAUGAAGGAGACUGGUACUUAGUCUAUGAACACGCUUCUAAUGGAGCCCUAAGUGAUUGGAUCUACGCGAAGUCUCUCUUGAGUUUGACUCAGAGGUUGCAAAUCGCUUUGGAUAUAGCAACAGGGCUUAACUAUCUACACAACUUCGCAGACCCUCCUUACGUUCACAGGGAUUUAACGAGUGGAAACAUCUUUCUUGACUUCGAGUUUCGAGGAAAAAUUGGUAACUUAGGUUUAGCUAGGUCAACGGAAAAGGAUGGAGAUUACGUGUUGACCAAGCAUGUGGAAGGGACUAGAGGGUAUUUAGCUCCUGAGUAUUUGGAACAUGGGUUGGUUUCGACUAAGCUUGAUGUUUAUGCUUUUGGUGUUGUGUUUUUGGAUAUUGUUACUGGUAAAGAAGCUUCUGAGUUGAAGAAACAGAUUGAUGAAGGUAAUGUUUUGGAGGAGCUUUUGGUUAGUGGAAGCUUCUUGCCUGAAGGGUUAGUGAGUUUUGUGGUGAGAUUGGUGAUGGAUUGUUUAAAGAGGGAUCAUUUGAAUCGUCCAUCGAUGGAUGAGAUUGUUUUGUCUUUGUCCAAGAUAUUGACUGCUUCGAAAAGCUGGGAAUCGACUUACUAAAUUUAAGGCCCAAUGUAUUUUAGCCUUUUAGGCUGCAUGUUAACCAAAAGGACUUUCUUUUUGUUGGUUUUUAGAAACUCAUGUUCUUGUGUUGGUUUUAAGUACGGCUGGCAAAAAACCCGGAUCCAAAGAACCGAACGGAACCGAAUCCGAAAAAUGAGUAUCGAACCCGAAUUAAAAUUGAUUUAAUAUCCGAAUGAGUUAAAAAAUUUGGUAUUUAAAGAACCGAAACCGAACCCGAUCCGAACCGAAGUAUUUUGGG